AUGUCAAAGUAUUGUAAAAUAGAUUGUCAAGAAACAUCUUUUGACAUUACCGGAAAAUAUGCAUCACUUCAUAAGAAUCAAUUGAGAGAAUUCGAUGUAGCUAAACAUAUACCAUUGAAACAAGAAAAGCAAGUAGAUAGAAACAAUGAUCUAGAUCAACCGAUGUAUAGAUCAUAUCUACAACCAUUGCAAUCCAGUAUCAAUGCGGACGACAGUGAAAAACAAUAUUAUCUCGGUAGCAAUUCAUUUGUAAGUUCUUGUUAUCUUGCGUAUUCUCAACACCAACGAUUAGUGUUACGACCGGACGAUGUAUGGAUUGCUAUUAUGACACAGUUUUCAUUCUAUUUGAAUGCCAAUUCGGAACGACUUCGAUCGCGUCUCGUUGACUUUGAAGGCAAGCGAGAAUUGACAGUUGUGUUUGAGUCGACAUUACUCAGUGCACCCUACGAUGUAAUGACAUUGGAAAUGACCAAUCUAAUUGCUAAGAACAUUAAGGAUCCAUCGAUUAGAGAUUGGUCAAUGCCAUCGUUCUCCACUACCACCUACGACGAUAGAAUCGUCGGUGCAAUCUGCUUGAUGGCAUCGGCCAAAAACUUUUUUACUUACGUCUAUGAAACUGACUGUGGACUGCCAUCGGUAACUCUUCUUGGUUCUGAGGAGGACUGGAUAUCACUCAAAGAAAAGGCAAAAAGAUUGGUAGAGUUUGAUGUUGGCAAAGAGAAGCUGAUGAGUAAGUGGAGUGCAAUGUUGCUUCCUGUUUUGGAUAAAUUCAUAGAGUCUGUUCAGAAGAAACCGGAUUUAAAUUGGUGGAAUAGAAUUGCCGAUCAUGUAAGUGGUGGUUCCGGCUCGACCUGGCUAUCGGGCUGGAUUACGGUGUUCACCGUUUUUUCGAUCGAUGGCAAAUGGUACGGUGAUGAUAAGCACCAAUCGUGUUGGUCGGGACAAGAUUUCCAUACCGAGUGGGCAUUGGUGGAGACUAACGAUGUUGCAACUGGAUUCGUUGAGGUUGAAGUAAUUAUUGUUAAUAAUCUAAUAGAACACAAUGCUAAAUUGAUUGGUGGUCACUACACUGCUAAAAUCUAUGAUAACAAUCAGACAUUGGUACCACAACUCAAUUGGUUUAUGGCCACCAUACAAAAGAAAGAAAUAGAAGAGAGACCGAAAAUAAUCAAAGCAGCUAACAACACUUCAGCUACAAACACUUCUAACCCACCAGAAAAACAACCUACAACAAAUACCUCUACAUCUAAUUGCAACAUUUUAUAA